CUAAUUUAAGAUGGCAUUUCCAUUGCCUAUUUAACCGCCAGAUGUGUGAUGAAGUAAGAUGUACUCAUCAUCAGUCAGUAGUGGAAUCUUUUUUUCUCAACGAAGAAGAAAAAAAAAUGAAAAUGGAGAAAUAUUCUUCCCUAUUAUUCAUCUGUUUUCUAUGUGUAAUUGUCUUUUGUAAUGGUAUUGAAACACCUCAAUUCACAGUGAUUCAUACAGAGUCUGAUUUUGAGGUUAGACUUUACAGAGAGUCUUCAUGGAUGUCAGCUCCUGUUCGAGAAAUGUCUUUCGAAAAAGCUACUAAACUAGGCUUUCACAGGUUGUAUCAAUACAUUCGUGGUGCUAAUUUAAAUUCUUCUGAACUUAUGAUGACUGCUCCUGUUUUAACAAGCAUCAACCCAAAGACACGUGAGUCAGAGUAUAUUGUGAGGUACUAUGUACCCAUGGAAUUUCAUGGGGUAGCUCCACGGCCCUCUACCGAUCUUAAUUUGCAGUUUGUCAAGUGGAUAAGUCAUUGUGUAGCGGUUAGGAAAUUUUCUGGGUUUGCUGCAGAUAAUAACUUAAAUAAGGAAGUAGAAUCUCUAGUGAACAGCUUAGGGAAAUUGCAGUUAGGAGACUCUGUGGCCUUAAACAAACAUCAGUACUCUAUUGCUCAGUACAACGCCUCGACUCACACUGUUGGACGCUUGAAUGAAGUUUGGAUGGAUGUAGGUUCUGCUUUUAUUAAAGAGGGAUGUCGGUCUAAUCAUUAAUGUUUUGACAUGGUCUUUUGUGAUUCUUGUUUGCAUUGAUCACCUUGAGGUUGAUAUGUGAUUUUAUAUUUGAUUGUGUUUUUUAAAUACCCACUGUUUGAAAAAUGGACAAUUGUGGGUGUUGUUUCCAACAUUGUCAGUCGUUAAUGAUUGAUUGUCUUUUGGGUGUUCGACUGUGUAUGCAUUGUACUUGUGUGAAGCGAAGUGUAUGUGCAAAUACUAAUCACAUGAGUUAACAGAUGCAUGUUUUGACAACAACGGUAACUUUCAACAUAUCAUCAAAUCCCUGUGUUGUUUGAUUACUCUUGUUUUGCAAGAGUCCAAUAUACUCAGAAUUGUUGAUGUAUAUGGGAUGGAGUUGGGUGGCUACUGUACGUGCAACUGCCUUUUGAUCAUCCACGAGCUUAAUACUUUUGUUAAGAUUGAUUAAAAUGAAAUACCUGAGAGUAACCCUUCUGUUGUCUGUACAAUAACCCAUCAAAGUUCAUUCUCUUUUGUUUUUGUUUUUGUUUUUGUUUUUGUUUUUGUAUACACCCAUAAGGUCUACUAACCUCUGUUGUAUUUUGUUAUGUGGGUUAGGGAACUUAGUUUUUCAUACCAAGAUCAUUAACCAACAGAAUGACUUGAGUAUAUAAUUCUCUGCCCUAUUUAUGCUCUGGUUUUUACUUUUCUUUUUUGAUCUCGGCAGGAAUAUACUUAUAAAGACCUGGUUUGUAUUUUAUUUCUCCUUUUUUUUAAUUGACCAAAAUAAACAACGUGCAAUGCAAGGAACUUGCUUUGUUGGUCAUCAUGGAUGUAUGAUUCAGUACUAGGGUGUAGUGCUUGCACUUUUAAAGUACAAAUGUCAGUAUUAGAAUCCUGGGUGUUGGGGCACAUUUCUCAGAUACUUGGAAACAACUCCAUCAGAAUCAUGUAUUUGGCACUUUCCUGAGUAAUUGAAGUUUCUUCCUAAACGUUCCCAGCAAAUCCAAGACCUAUCUUAUGUUGCUAUCUUUCUGUUGUGAU